AUCGACCUAUUUAAGCUUGAAGCCAGGAAAUGGAACGGUGACGCGACGUAUUCAGCCUUAACAUAAUAGUGAUAUUGGUUCGGUGAAUAUCACCAUCACAGAGAAGAUGAGUAAGCGGCCCAAGAUGACGGCUCACCAUGACCAGUCUCUGCGUGCCAUGGACCUCACAGAGGACACUACUGAGCUGUAUGAGGAGCUAUACCAGGGCCCAGAUGAUGCCAAUUAUCAACAUGACCCUAAAGAGGAGAAGAAUGCCCUGGCUCCCUUCAUGAUUAACCUGUUUGGUCGCAGCGUGAACUACGUGGUGCUCGCCGUGCAUGCGAAUAUAGUACUGUAUUCUGUCUUUUUCUGGAUACAACAGGGGACUAUGCCGUAUCUAAUCAAGAAGUUUGAGGUGGACCCAGCAGUGUUUGGCUAUCUUCAGACCACGUUUGCCAUCGUACAGCUCUGUGGAGGACCACUGUUUGGAAGGUAUGGUGAUUUAUAUGGAGGGCAGGCAGCGCUGGUGUUAGCCUUCAGUUCCGCCGCUCUCUCCUACUUGAUCCUGGGUAUGUCGUUUACAGUACCCAUGUUGUUCCUGUCCAGGCUGCCCUCUGUCUUCAUGCAUGCUAUGCAAGGUGGGCAGAUGGUGGUAACAGACAUGUCUGAAGAAAAGCAGAGAUCAGACGCACUUGGGAAGCUGGGACUUUCCUAUGGCAUCGGCUUCAUAGUAGGGCCACUCGUUGGAGGAGUGUUAACCAAAGCAUUUGGAGAACAAUUUGCUGCCUUUGUGGCAGCGUCGGGGUCUAUACUAAGUAUUGUGAUAGUUAAAAUGUCUAUACCAAAGCACACCAAGCUAUAUCAUACUGAAGUCCACAAAGAAGGUAAGGAAGAUUUUUAA